UGCCUGAGCUGAAUAUCGGAAGGUGAUAGUAAUGGCCAAAACCCGAGAUCGGCGAGUAGGGCCGAGCACUAGCCGGCGGAAUGAUCGACCCGCCUCUUCGCCAAACCAGAACAACGACCUAGUAAAGUCUCGCACCAAGACUCGAGAUCGCAAGCUCAUAUCUUUCUACAUUCUUUUCUUCAUCAUAUUUCCGGCAAUAUCUGUUUUCGUAUAUAGGAAACUAUACUCUCCAGCUACUGUGGCCGAUUCUCGUAAGCCAUACCUUUACCAACACGACUUGGUCAAGCCCGACUUGAAUUAUCACGAAGUUCUCACUGAGAAUUCAAAGGUGUCUGAAGAUUCAACCGAAACUCCCCGGCAUUUUCAGAAUCCUGUACUAGCCUACAUUACGCCCUGGAAUUCAAAAGGUUAUGACCUUGCCAAGAAGUUUUGCAACAAGUUUACACAUUUGUCACCUGUUUGGUAUGAACUAAAGAGCAAAGGUACCGACUUAGUUCUGGAUGGAAGGCAUAAUGCUGAUAAAGGAUGGAUUUCAGAAAUUCGAAUGAAAGGAGAUGCUCUGAUUUUACCCAGAGUUGUUCUGGAAGCUAUCCCUAUGGAUCUUCUUAAAAGGAAGGGACAGAGGGAGAAAGCAAUAAGAAUUAUUAUAGCAGAGUGCAAGGAAAUGGAGUAUGAUGGCAUUGUUCUUGAGUCCUGGUCAAGGUGGGCAGCUUAUGGUAUCUUGCAUGAUCCUGAUGCUCGAAAUAAGGCCUUGCAGUUCAUAAGGCAACUUGGAGAAGCCAUGCAUUCUGUGAACUUAGAAAUGAAUAACAAGAAACCUCUGGAGUUAGUUUAUGUAAUAGGCCCGCCACAUUCUGAUAAGCUGCAGGAACAUGACUUUGGGCCUGAAGAUUUAAGAAGUUUGGGCGACACUGUGGACGGUUUCUCUCUUAUGACUUAUGACUUCUCAGGGCCUCAGAGUCCAGGGCCAAAUGCACCUCUGAAUUGGAUACACUCUACAUUGCAGCUUCUUCUUGGUGCUCAAGGAGUUGAUCAGAGAUUGGCUAGAAAGAUAUUCCUUGGCAUCAAUUUCUAUGGAAAUGAUUUUGUCAUUUCAGGAGGUUUAGGCGGUGGGCCUAUUAUAGCACACGAGUAUAUAUCGUUACUGGAGAAGCACAAGCCUGCAUUGCAGUGGGAGGAGAAGAGCGGUGAGCAUUUCUUCUUGUACACUGACAAUCAACAUGCCAGGCAUGUAGUAUUUUACCCGACGCUCAUGUCACUUGCAAAGCGGCUUGAGGUAGCUGCUUCCUGGGGUGCUGGCAUCUCAAUCUGGGAAAUUGGGCAAGGAUUGGAUUCUUUUCUUGAUAUUUUUAUUGGGAGGAUACUUCCACCUCAGCAACAUGCCAUCUUCCCCACCACACCAACCAAAAAACUACAAGCUUCCAUCAAUCCUCUCAGAAUCUAUAGAGAAUUCGCUGCUAAGGGGAUCAAGAUUUAUGCUAUGGAGGCUGUCAAUGCACUGAGAUUGACUCCACUUUCUGUUCUUUCUGAGAGAAGAAAUGAACCCAGAAAAAUCCCAUUGCUACCCUCUUCUUUACCAUUCAAGAGCCUCUCUUCUUCAAACUCCACAGAGGCUAUAUCAAGAAAUGUUAAAGGGGGGCUAGUGCUGCUAUCUUCUGUUAUGAGCUCUGGCUUAGCUAAAGCGCUGACAUAUGAGGAAGCCCUUCAGCAGACAACAACUAGUGUCACUGACUUCGAUCCAAGUGGGGUUAUUGAAACUGUGACCACUUUUGCCGGUGACAACCCUGUGAUUGUAGCUGGCGGCGUGGCAAUUUUGGCGGUGCCCCUUCUCGUGUCUCAGUUGCUGAGCAAGCCUAAGCCAUGGGGUGUUGAGUCUGCAAAGACUGCUUAUGCCAAAUUGGCUGAUGAUGCCAAUGCACAGUUGUUGGAUAUAAGGCCGCCUCGUGAGCUGAGGGAGGUUGGGAGCCCGGAUAUCCAGGGCUUGAAGAAGAAGCCAGUUACUGUGAGCUACAAUGGUGAGGACAAGCCCGGGUUCUUGAAGAAGCUGUCUUUGAAGUUCAAGGAGCCAGAGAACACCACAUUAUUCAUUCUAGACAAAUUUGAUGGUAGCUCGGAACUGGUUGCUGAGCUAGUUACAGAAAAUGGCUUUAAAGCUGCUUAUGCAAUUAAAGAUGGAGCGGAAGGAGCCCAAGGAUGGAUGAACAGUAGUCUCCCCUGGGCACUUCCUAAGAAAACAUUUGGUCUUGACCUGCGCAGUCUUACUGAUGCUUUUGGGGAAGGUGUUGAUGCGGUCACAGUAGGCCUUGGAGUUGCAGCAGCAGCUGGAAUAGGAGCAUUGGCGUUUUCAGAGGUAGAAACAAUUCUCCAACUGCUCGGUUCUGCUGCAAUUGUUCAAGUUUUCAGCAAGAAACUUCUGUUUGCAGAGGACAGAAAGAAAACACUUCAACAAGUUGAUGAGUUCUUAAACACCAAGGUUGCUCCUAAGGAGCUUGUUGAUGAGAUUAAGCAAAUAGGGAAGGCGCUUCUACCAACUUCGGGAAGUAGCAAGGCUCUACCUGCACCACCUACAGAGGAAAGCCCUCCUGCAGCGGUUGAAUCAGUUUCAAAUGUGAGCAUUGCAACACCACCAAAAGAAGAAGCAGCGCCUCCAGAGGCCGCUCCAGUGAUCAAUUCAGUCGCUAAAACAGAAGUUGUCAAAGAAGAAGCACCUACUGCAACCCCAAGACCGCUUUCUCCAUAUCCAAACUACCCGGAUUAUAAGCCUCCAUCCUCGCCAAUGCCUUCACAGCCAUAGAGUUGUACUCGAUAUGAUCGAUCUUCUUGCAGAUUACAGUGUCGAAGUGCGUAUAUUAGUUACACAUGCAGGUACUUGUUUGUUUGUCCAAGAAUUAUAUAUCAAAGCUAGCUACUUGUUCCGAUCCUUGCAAGAUUUUUGCUGUUAGAUAACUUUCAGCGCAAGAUCGAGCUAGAAGCUAGGAAAAUUCCCAGGCGCUACUAGGCUGGGUAGCUAGAGGCCUUGGCUUUAAUUUUCUUGAUGUCAUGUCUGCAUGUAUGUUUUACUCUAAUUUGUAUUUUCACUAUAUAUGUUUGAUUUGAUGUAGAUGUAGUAGUUCAGUGUGAACGUGAUUAUAACAUAAAAAUUACAAAUAUUAUAUAUGAUGGGAAUGAAGUCAAUAAAUGCAUGAAUUAUGAACUACA